GCUGGUUUUUUACCAUGCUCCAGCAUUUUCGAUCUCAUUCAUCAUUUUUUGAGAUGCUUCCGUUUUAGGACUUUUAGCCAUAAUAACGGAUAUUCCGGUUAUUUACAAUAUUUUAAUAUCUUUACCACCGUACUUUGACAGAACAGCCUGUGUUCAGUGUGGAUUUACUAGCCGAUCGCUUUUAUCACAUGCCGAAGCUGAAUAAUCGUGGAUUCUCAUUUGAUAAAUAGCCUGCGUGCUUUCUAGCGAAGUUCAGCUAACGGUAUCUCUGCAGGGAGUUGAAGAUUGAGCGAGACUAAUAUUAUCGGAAAAUGGUCAAAUUGGCAGUGAACGUAAUCACAUUCUUACCAUCCAAAAACGAUCCUCGUACAACAUCCGGUCUGCGUGGUCGCCGUGGUGGUCCCAAAAUGUUUGAUAUUUGGGUAUCGAAUAAGAUGCACUUCACGGAGAAGUUUACUGUGGAUUUUCAGUACCCUGAAUUCCUGGACUACCCAGACGGUGUUGCUGAUUGUGAGCGAUAUGGUGUCACGCGUAUUCCGGCAUACGUUGUAUGCCAUCGCCAGACAGAGGCUGUCCUGGGGAUCAGAUUUUUUAAGGAGAAUGACUCCGGAUCCACGGUGCAAGAUGCUUUGGGGGAUAUUUUGAAACAAUUCGCGGAACCGGCACACUAUGCAACCGGUUCGCAGAAACCAACGCUGGACGCUAAGCAACUGUGUCUCUUUAGCAACCGCUUUUGUCCACACGCUGAACGGGCUCGUUUGACGCUGAACAUAAAAAAAAUCCCAUACGAAAUUGUGAACAUCAACCUGACGGAGAAGCCGGAAUGGUACAUGGCCCAUCACAACCCACUGGGCAAGGUGCCGACGCUGCACGAGCCCGGGAAGCCGCAACCGGUCUUCGAGUCGCUGAUUGUCGCCGAGUAUGUCGAUGAGCAUUUCCCCAAUGAGCCGAAACUGUUGCCGAAAGAUGAAUACGAAAAGGCUCGUCAGAAGGUGGCUAUCGAAGUCAUUACUCAAAAGUUUAUCAACAAUUUGAACGCGGUUGGCGCUAAGGGUGACAAAGAGAAAGUCGAGGAGCUGAAAAAGGGCCUGAAAGAAGUGGAGGAAUCAUUGACUGGUCAAUAUUUCGCAGGCGACAAGAUGGGUUUCGUGGACGUGAUGAUUUGGCCGUGGUUCGAACGUAUCGCGCCGGUGUGUGAAGUGCGCAGUGUCGAUCUGAAGAUGGAGCGCGACUAUCCUAAACUGCACGCCUGGAUGCAGAAGAUGCUGAAGGAGCCGGCCAUCGCCGACAUCGUCUUUCCGUCGGAAAUCAUGGUGCCGUUCAUCAAGAGCGCCUACGUGGAUGGCAAAGCUAACUACGAUAUCGGAUUGUAAACGGCACAUCGGCAUCUCAUUGUCUCCGCUCUCUGUUUAUCGCUGCUUGCCUGUCGUUCAUUUUCGAAGGAUAAUAACGGGAGUUUUCUCAUAACUGGUGAUGGAUCUUGCGGUUGUGCGCUUUGUCUGACGUCUCAUAGUUUUUGUUAACUGUUCGGAUUUUUAUUAUGUAAGCGCAGACAGUCUGUAUGCUGUAUGCUCUGGCAGCUAUGCUAACAAUGAGAAGGUUUUAAUAUGUUUUUGAGGUUUCGGUUUGCCAUUUAGAUUGUGUGGCUCUCUGCUUAAGAAAAUUCCAUAAUUGAUUUAACCCAUUUUCUUGAGGUGUAUGUUG